CUUUUUCAAUAUGAAAAACAUUAAUUGUUUUUAAGGAAAUUGUCGUAAUUGUUUGUAGCAGAUUCCAUCUGCAAAGCAGAAAGAACAAACCAUCACUGGCCAAACGCUACUCUCCAAACUACUUGAAGGCAAAUUUCUGCCAAUAGUUGAGACAAAAAAAGUCGAAUCCAAAUCAUUUUACUGUUUUUAAUAUAUAGAAAGUUAUAUAUAUAUAUAUAUAUAUAUCUUUCCUCUCUUCCUGAAUAUUUUCAUUUACAAUUUGCAUAACUUUGUUGCUAACUAAAUCUUCUCCAAAUUGGAAAGCUGCAAACUUUCUGAUCAGAAAUCAGAUUCAAUGGAGGUUGAAGCCAGCAAUGAUUUCAAAGUUCAUAUAUUUACAUCAUCAUCUGAGCUGCUAGAAAAGCUGAAUGAGAAGUGGAGAUCAGUGGAAAGGAAACCAUACCCAGCAAUGUAUUCCAGCUUUUUUGGUGGAAUUAUUCUCGACCCCGCUUUGAUGGUGAUUCCCAUAGAUGAUCACAUGGUUCAUCGCGGUCAUGGCGUGUUCGAUACAGCAGUUUUGUUAAACGGAUACCUCUAUGAACUGGAUGCCCAUCUGGAUCGCUUCCUUUCGUCUGCAUCAAAAGCAAAGAUCUCAUCUCCAUUCUCGCGAUCAACUCUUAGAAGCAUUCUUUUACAGCUGGCAGCAGCAUCACAGCUUAAGACAGGAACUUUAAGAUAUUGGUUGACUUCAGGUCCUGGGAAUUUCCUGCUCUCACCAGCAAAUUGUCCAACAUCUGCAUUCUAUGCAGUAGUCAUUGAUGAAGAUGUUCACCAGCGCAAACACGGUGUUGAAGUUAUUACAUCAACAAUACCCAUGAAAUCACCACUUUUUGCAACAAUGAAGAAUGUAAACUACCUCCCAAAUGUACUUUCAAUAAUGGAAGCUGAAGAGAAGGGAGCAUUUGCUUCUAUAUGGGUUGAUGAUGCAGGUUAUGUUGCAGAAGGUCCAAAUGUGAAUGUUGCUUUCAUAACACAUGAUAAAGAGCUUGUUCUUCCCUACUUUGAAAUUAUCCUAAGCGGGUGCACUGCAAAGAGGCUUCUUCAACUGGCACCGAAGUUGGUCGAGGAAGGGUCUUUGAAAGGCGUGAGACUUGCAAACCUUACUGUCGAAGAAGCCAAAGGUUCUGCAGAAAUGAUGUAUGUAGGAAGCACUCUGCCUCUGCUUCCAAUCAUCAAGUGGGAUGGGAAACCCAUUGGAGAUGGAAAGGUGGGAGAAUUGACAAUGGCACUCUCAGAUUUGCUUUGGGAUGAUAUGGUGGCAGGCCCGGAAACAAUCAGAACUCCAGUUCCCUACCAGGGAUGAGACAUAAAGUUGUUCAAAAUAAACAUGUCUGAAGGAACUUUCUUCUUGAUUUAGCUGCCUUAUUGUGCGUUAUUCUUCUUUGUGCUUGAUUUGAAGCAAAGGCCUUGUAUGCUUCGUAUUUGCUCUCUAUGUUUAUCAAUAAGUGAAAAAAAAAUAAAAAAAAUUAAUGCGUUUAAAUUGUGAGCUGUAUUAUCUUGAAUGGAGAAUCAGUGAACUACUUUGAUUCA